AGCUUUACUGGCGCACCCUUGUUCUAUCCCGCAUAGUGCGAUACUUUUGUUUUUCUACUAUUCCAUUCACUGAAAAGUAGCGGAACGUUCAAGUGAUACACUAGGCUCUGCUUGUUUUCCCCCUAAAAGACUCAGCCGUUACUAUCACUAUUUCAGCGUGGCGGUCAAACCACUUUCUUUCAUUGUUGUAUUGCUCGGGUAUUUUCUGAUUGAGCUUUACGUUGUCGCCUGCACUUGAAAAUGAAAAACAUAGCCGUUGACCCACCUUACCACGCACUCCUUCUGGAAGGUGUGAAUCCUGCUGCGAAGGAACUGCUCGAGUCCAAGGGCUGCGUCGUAGAGGCCUUGCCGAGUGCUUUGGAUCGCGAUGUUCUUCUCGAGAAGAUUGCAAAUGUUCAUUUCCUUGGUAUCCGCAGCAAGACGAAGGUGACGAAGGAAAUUUUGGACGCUGCGCCGAAGCUGCUCGCCAUUGGUUGCUUCUGCAUCGGCACGAAUCAGGUGGACCUUGAUUACGCCAACAAGCGUGGUGUCGCCGUGUUUAAUUCGCCUUUCGCAAACACACGCAGUGUUGCUGAGCUUGUGAUUGGAGAGAUCAUUUCGCUGUCGCGCAAGAUGACGCAGCGCAGCGAGGAAGUUCACCGUGGCAUCUGGAACAAAACCCACGUUGGGUGUUACGAGGUUCGCGGAAAAACGCUUGGUAUUGUGGGAUACGGCCACAUAGGUUCUCAGGUUGGCGUCCUUGCAGAGGCGCUUGGCAUGAACGUCAUUUUCUACGACGUGGUUCCAACACUCGUCAUCGGGAAUGCUACAAAAUUUUCUCACAUUAACGAUUUGUUGACGGUUUCCGAUUUUAUCACCAUCCAUGUGCCAGAGACGGAGAUUACCAAAGGCAUGUUAGGAGAGGAAGAGAUUCGACUGAUGAAGCAGGGAUCUUAUCUCAUUAAUGCCAGUCGGGGCUCCGUGGUGGACCUUGAGGCGCUGGCGCGAGCAUUGCGCGACGGACACCUGUGCGGCGCUGCCGUCGAUGUCUUCCCCGAGGAACCCGGCUCCAACAAGGAGCUGCACAAGACCCCAUUACAGGGUAUCUCGAAUGUGAUCCUUACUCCGCACAUCGGUGGAUCCACGUGCGAGGCGCAGGCCGCAAUUGGUAUGGAGGUCGGCUCGGCACUUGCACAAUUCGUCACAAGUGGGACGACGGUGGGUGCGGUAAACUUUCCUCAGCUUGUCCCGCCACCGGUGGACAAGUCGAACUUUCGCAUCACAAAUGUGCACCUCAACGUGCCUGGUGCAUUAAAAGAUAUUAACAAGAUCGCGGUAGAUCUGGAUUGUAACAUUGGCAUGCAGUUUCUGUCGACUUACAAAGCCAUCGGAUAUCUUAUCAUGGACGUUGAUAAGGAUGUUGCGGCGGAGUUGCGCACACGUAUUGCUUCGCUUGAUUGCAGCAUGAGGACCCUGAUUAUUCGUUAA